CGUCAGUAUCAGGAUCAGAGCGAUGAGGUUGGCAAAAAAAGACGUAGAAGAAAACGAAGGGCCAGAGCCAGAAGAAAACUGAGAGAGCAAGAAAGCAGAAAAAGCCGUAAAAAAGAGCGUGACGGAAGUUCUGAUGAGAAAGAGAAGCCAGAAAAAGAAAAGGUGCUUAGCUUCGCUAACGACCUUCCUCUAGUCGAAUAUCAUUAUUUUCCAAAUAUGGAAUACCAGUUUCCCAUUUUUCUAAUUCAGCAACAACCAUUUUUCGCAAUUCGUGCACCGAAAGAUGGAGGAAUGAAGGCUACUGCUGAUCCGAAUUAUCAAACACUUGCUGGGCUUAAUAAUGAUGAAGUGUUUCAGCCAAAGGGUGGUGGUGGUGCGGGUGCGGGUGGCAAACUGAUUAUCAGACCACCAGCGGCAGAGGAAGAAAGGGCGGUGCUGGAGCUUUUAGUGGUGGUAGUGGUGACCACCAGCAGAAGGUCCGUAAGGUGGCAACAUUUGAUCCGAAUUAUCAAAACGUUAGCUGGUUUAAAUAACGAAGAUGUCUUCAAACCAAAGGUUGUUCAUCAACUCCACUGUUUCGUUUUGAAACGAAUGCUCAGCAGCGACGGCGGCGGCGGUGGAAGAGGAGGAGGAGCAAAUCUGAACAUUAGAGCUCCCACAGAUGCCAGGGGAAAGAAAGUGGCAACAUUCGAUCCCAACUAUCAGACGCUAGCAGGUCUUGAA